AUGGAAAUGGGUCCAGGACGCAGGGCCCCAGGAGGAACCAGGCGAAAAAGGGAAGCUGAAGAGCACAGGGGCCAGGAAGGGCAGCCACCAGAGCCACCGGAGCAGCACAACGGACCAACAAGGGAGUGGCCCGAUGGUGCUGGAACACCCCCCCAACGGAGGCACAGGAAGCAACCCCAUACCCAAGGGAAGCAUGCAGGGUGUCGGCAGGGCCCAUCAAGAGGGGGGGCCCAGAGCCACACCACCCUGGCCACAGCCCCAAGAGAGAGAAGCAAGCAGCGGCGGGGACAAGGGGCAAAGGCGCCAUCGCAACUGAACCCAGAGCGCAGGCAGGGCCCACCGGCAUAUGAGGGCGGGGCCCGGCCCCCAGAAAAGAGGGGAGACCCACCCCCUGGGCCAGGAAGCACACGGGGCCCCCCAGACACCUGA